GCUAACCCCGACUACCAGCUGAGCGGCGACGACACCCAGCACAUCCAGCAGUUCUACGAUCUCCUGACCGGCUCCAUGGAGAUCAUCCGAGGGUGGGCGGAAAAAAUCCCCGGCUUCACCGACCUCCCCAAAACGGACCAGGACCUGCUCUUCGAGUCUGCCUUCCUGGAGCUCUUCGUGCUGCGGCUGGCGUACAGGUCCAACCCCGUGGAGGGGAAGCUGAUUUUCUGCAACGGGGUGGUCCUGCACCGGUUGCAGUGCGUCCGUGGCUUUGGGGAGUGGAUCGAUUCCAUCGUGGAAUUUUCCUCCAACCUGCAAAACAUGAACAUCGACAUCUCUGCCUUCUCUUGCAUCGCGGCCCUGGCCAUGGUGACAGAGAGGCACGGGCUCAAGGAACCCAAGAGGGUGGAAGAGCUUCAGAACAAGAUUGUAAAAUGCCUCAAAGCCCAUGUGUCUUUCAAUAACGGGGGGCUGAAUCGCCCCAACUACUUGUCCAAACUCUUGGGGAAGCUCCCCGAACUGCGCACGCUUUGCACGCAGGGGCUGCAGCGCAUUUUCUACCUGAAACUCGAAGACUUGGUGCCACCACCAGCAAUAAUCGACAAACUUUUUUUGGACACUUUACCUUUUUAAGACUCUUCCCGUUGUGCUUCCACUGACCCGACGAGAAGCUCCACGUGUCUGAGGGGAGCUGGUCUGGGCGCAGAGCAGCACCCCUGGGUGCCAGCUCCCACCCCACCCAGGGCUGCAAACUCCUGCGGGCAGAACGCGAUGGGCAUUUUGGCUCUGGGGCAUCACGGAUGCAGCUCAUGGACCACACAAUACCAUGGUAUAAACUUUUUAUUAUCGGCUUCUAAACGAAUUGGUUA